UAAAAAAACGAUGUUAUGAACUCAAAUUAGGAUGUUAUAUUGUCAGUAAAUGUAUUUAUAUACUGUGUAAUUACCUACCCUGUAUCUCAGAUUUUACCCUGUUGUGAGUUCCUUGUCUUUAUUUAGUAAUUUAUAUAUAUAUAUUAACUCUGCAGACUGGAAAGAAGCCCACAGCAGCUGUGUCUAUCACUUUAAAGACGGUCCCUAACCGGCUGUCACAGCCAUUCUGCUGAACAAUGAAGUCUUUUUCAGAGACAGUAAUGGACAAACAUUUAGUAUAUUAAUUUCCCCACAUGCUUUUCUUUUGAUUAAGUUAUUUUCUGGCUUUUAGGGUUUCUCUCUCGUGUGUGUGUGUUUAUGAUUAGCAUUUUGUUCUUUGCUUUCAAACGUGCUCUUGUUCAUCAGUGUGCCUUUCCAAGUGCACAAAUAAAGGAUGCUCUCUCUUUUUUUUUGAGAGUAAUUACAUGUAUUUAAACUAUCUGUCACUGUGUUGGCUCCAAGGUGGGACACGUUCCACAUCAGCGUUAGUUCUCUCUGAACGCUGUCAGACUCCAGUAGUUCAGGCUUUAAGAUGUUUCCCUUUGGCUACAGCGAGGAAACGUUAGGAGACAGUGAGAUUGUGCAAAAAUCAUAUUUUUAAAAACAAAACUUUUAAGAUAUGUGGUUCUACAUCGCUGUUUACUUUUAUGACACUUGUGGCAGAGUUUUAUUUUUUAUUACACUGAAAUUUUAAGAUUUACUCUUUACCAAAGAUCUGUCCUCCUUGCAUUAAAGUUUUAUUUCUAAACGUACCGCAAAGAAAUAUGAGUAGACUGCACUUUCUGAUGCCUGAAAUAGUUUGUUAAAGUUCACAGAUUAAAACCCAACAGCCUGUUUAUUGUCCCGUCUGUUUUUUUUCCCUCCACUUCAGCUUUGAGUAUGCAUAUACAAUGAAGAGGCGUGUGGAGGACCAGGAACUAAUAUUUGCGCCCCAGCAACAGCAAUCACGUCGCCCCCCAGUUCAAGGUAUAGCAGACAGCUUCCAGCACCGGGCCCUCGCCCCAGCUCCUCCUGUGAUAGAGGCAGCUGCAGACAACAUGCAGCCAUCCACCGGCAUCCAGUACUCUCUCCCCCAAGGCUACCAGGUGCCUACAAUGCCUCAGAGCACAAGUGGACAUGGACACGGACAUAACAAUACAGCACCUCAUGUUGGUCCCCACGCACACAGCCUAGCGGUUCAGUCCCAGGGCCCAACAGUGGUCCAGGGUCACGUUCAUCCAGCCGCACCCAUGACUUCAACUCAAGGACAGCAGCAGUUUCAGCGACUGAAGGUUGAAGAUGCCUUGUCCUAUCUGGAUCAAGUGAAGCUGCAGUUUGGGAAUCAGCCACAAGUUUAUAAUGAUUUUCUUGAUAUUAUGAAAGAGUUCAAGUCUCAGAGCAUAGACACUCCUGGAGUCAUCAACCGUGUAUCCCAGCUCUUCAAGGGCCACCCAGACCUCAUUAUGGGUUUUAACACUUUCUUGCCACCCGGAUAUAAGAUUGAGGUUCAAACCAACGAUCUAGUCAAUGUGACCACGCCAGGUCAGAUCCACUACAUCACUCCCCAUGGUAUCUCUGUUCAGAACAUCCCUGUAAGUGGAGCAUCCAGCCAACCUGUGAGCCAGCACCAGAGUCUUCCACAGGCUGGCCCGCAUACUACCACCACCACCACUGCCGCCGCCGCCCCCACCACCACCACCACCACCCCACCCACCCCUACCCAGCCUGCUCCAAAUAAAACCAGCAAG